AUGACUCGGCACGAUAGCAGAAGUUUUUCUCGCAGGCGACGUUCAAGCGAAGUAAUUGAAGUCGACAACUCACCGAAGCGUCGUCGAUCAAGUGAAUCAGUAAAUAUCAGUAUGCAAAUCGACCGUCCAUUCUCUCCGGCAACAUUGGCACGAAAACUCGACGAUAUGCGUGCAGAUAUUUUGAAGGAUGCUGUAGAUCAGCUGUCAGCUGUGGAGCUUCGUGGCUUUGAUGGAAAAAUGGAAACGGAGGAGGAAUAUAUGAAACGACGUGAAGAAGUACGCCGUCAGCUGAGCGAUCCCGAUUCCUUCGAUGCCAAUGGGAAAACUGAGUUGAAUUACGAUGCAGCCGCAAUCGCAGGCGCGAAACUACUAAUAGAUGAGAAACGAGCUACAAGGAGCAUGUGCAAGAAAUUGCAUGAAGAUUGUGGUAUCGAUGAAGACGAAAUUCUGUACAAACCUCUACCAUAUGACGAAGGAAAUGAAUUCCAAUCGGCGAAAUACUUGGCAGACUCAAGGCAAGCUUCAGUCGUCGAAUCCCUUGUGGAUUUCCAAAAACAAAUCAAGCUCAAAUCAGAAGUUUUGAAUUGCGUCGCACUAAGGAACCAUGAUAUAAUGUCGAAGUCAGAUGGAAGGUUGACGCGUCGAGCACGGGAAGAAGAACUUGAGCGCCAGCGAGCAGAUGCUAAAGCUGCAAAGAACAAAAAGAAGGUUCUUUUGCGUACCCCAUCAAAGCAUACGCAAGUUAAUCCUCUGGAUGAGAAGAAGAUUAUUGAAAAGUAUGCUCUCGAAGUGGCAUCAGAGGUACGCGAGAAUCGUAAACGCCGUCGUAUAGCUCCUGUGCCGUUUGACAUCACUUUACUCGAUGAUAUUGACUACAACUUUAGUGGUUGCGCAGCAUAAACUGCACAGCUCUGUAAUUUAGCCCCUUUCUGUAGAAUUAGUUCAUGUGCCUUAUCACUAAGCACUGUAUGGAAAGUUAGGAUAAGGGCGUUCAAUCAUAGGCGAAGUUUCGAAAACUUCAAACUGGUAUUUUUGGUUAUUUUGAUGUACUGUUAGUUCAGCUUUUUGUAAACAUCUCGAGUUUGGAUUUGCAAGUGUUGAGCUGUCUUUUACAUCUGAAUAGCCAGUAGUGCAUUAGAAUAUUACUGUUAGUCAUCACCUAAACUAAUCCCAAUAUGUCAUCGAAUUAUCUAGAAGAAUAGUUUUGAUUAUUGCUUGUCCGGUUUACAGCUUCAAACCUUGCUUUUGUUUCUCUCUUGAUCUCGUUUGUUGUGUUAAGCAAAGCAUUGUACUGAUGUGUUGUAUGUAAUACUAAUCAUCCACUUGCUCGCUUCUCUUCACUAAUACUGUACAGUAAAGAUACUCUGUAAUAAUUCAUGAGAAUGAAGUGUUUAUGCAAA